CGCAAAAAAAGAAAAAACCUUCAGUGAGAAGCUCUAAAACUCUCUCUUCCUUUCGCACAAGCAAAAACCUCUCCUCUCUCUCUCUCUCUCUCUCUUGCUCGCGUUCAUAUGCUUCUUCGAUCUCCGCUUUAGGUGAAGUUCAAGGGAAAAUCAUGCCGGACGUGCAAGCUCUUGUUAAUGAUUUUCUUAUCAAGCUUAAGAAACGUAAGAUUGAGGGCUCGCAGGCCACGGCGAGGCACACAGCAGAACUGUUAAGAUCAGUUAUUUCACAGCAGCGAGUUCCCUACACGAAUCAGGCUGGGGCUUUAAUUGAUGCUGUGAGGGCUGUUGGUGAGAAGCUGAUUGCUGCUAAUCCUGUUGAGCUUGCUGUGGGUAAUAUUGUGAGGCGUGUUUUGCACAUUAUUAGGGAGGAGGAUCUUUCUUUGACAACAGCUGCUAUUGCGGGGUUGAAUUUAUCAGCGGCAAGUGAUGGGGAUGACGACGACGACGGGGAGCAAGAUGAGCAUACAGUUCUAUCAGCUGCUGUUGUUGCUGCUGCUGCAAGAAGCACUUUGCGUCCUCCUUCCUUGCAAACCCUGCUGGAGGACAUGCCUGAGUCAGCAGCUAUUCCCCGUACUUCUUCGUCAGGAGGUGAUUCUGAAGGAAAAAGCAAAUCUGCUGAUAAAAGUUCAAGAACUCGAAAGUUGAAGCAUGAUGUCAUUGAAGCAGUUAAUGAGCUUAUUCAAGAUAUUACCACUUGUCAUGAACAGAUUGCUGAACAAGCCAUAGAACAUAUUCAUCAAAAUGAGGUAAUAUUAACAUUAGGUGGUUCAAAGACAGUGUUGGAAUUUCUUUAUGCUGCGAAGGAAAAGAAAAGAUCAUUCCGGGUUUUUGUCGCUGAGGGUGCUCCGAGGUAUCAAGGGCAUCUUCUUGCAAAAGAAUUGGUUGCAAGAGGUUUACAGACUACUUUGAUUACUGACUCUGCAGUUUUUGCCAUAAUUUCCCGAGUGAACAUGGUCAUAGUUGGAGCUCAUGCUGUAAUGGCCAACGGUGGUGUGAUAGCACCUGUCGGGCUCAAUAUGGUUGCACUUGCAGCUCAAAAGCAUGCUGUACCUUUUGUUGUGCUUGCGGGCAGUCACAAGUUGUGUCCCCUUUACCCUCACAAUCCUGAGGUCUUACUUAAUGAAUUGAGAUCUCCAUCUGAGCUGCUGGAUUUUGGAGAAUUCUCAGAUUGCUUGGAUUUUGGGAGUGGCACUGGCUCUCCUCUUCUUCAUGUUGUCAAUCCAGCAUUCGAUUAUGUGCCACCGAAGCUUGUUAGUCUGUUUAUCACUGACACUGGAGGGCACAAUCCAUCAUACAUGUAUCGACUCAUUGCAGAUUAUUACUCUGCUGAUGAUUUGGUGGUGCGACGAAGGAUUGCUUCGGGAAAUUGAGCUCAGAUUGCUUUUGUUUACUAUAUUCUCGGUAGUUUAGGAGUUGCCAUGGAAGAAGUGGUGGAUGCGCAGAUGGAAAUUUUAGCUCAGUGUAUGGAAGCAUGUCAAGCAUUGUUUAUGCUGGAAGAGAAGCAGAAUUAUUGAAUGGGACAAAUGAGAAAGAGAGAGAAAGGCCAGGAAUGGCCAUUUUUGUGAUUGUGAUGAAGCAGUAGUCUAAGAGCUCCACUCGGAGAAAGAAGGAAUGAUAAGAUGCUUAUGUGCAAGUUAGAAACCUUGUCUGCCGUGACAAAACUGUGAAAAGGAAGGGGAAAAAAAAAGAAAAGAAGAAGAAGACAGCAACCUGUGUUGUACUGAGCUUGAUAGAAAACUUGAUGAUAGUUUGGGCAUGGAGACUGCGUAUAGUCAGUGGGCUGUGUGGUGUUAGCACUUUUGAAAGUAAGAGGUUUUGGUUUUGUUGUGUUAGAACUUUUGCAAAUAAUCGUUUCCAACGAGAGUUCUUGGAUUUAA